UGAUUAGCGAAAGAGAGAAAGAAAGAGAAUGGUAAAGUAAUCAAAACACAUUACCACAAUGAAAAAAAAAUCGUUAACAUUCUUGGCGCACACAAGUCAGUCAUUCAUUCUCCAAUUUGUGUGUUUUGUGAUUCAAAUAACAAAGUUCGAAAUGGUGCUAUUGGAGACAACAGACGUAAGACGAAAAACAGAGCAGACAAAUAAAAAAUGUCCGUGUUUUGUGCAAAAAAAAAAAAUAACAAACUCCAAGCGUAAGGGGGAAAUUUAAAUGUUUUCGAACAUAAACUUCGAUUCCCGGAUCUUUAUGUCGUAUAUGCAUACACAUACAAGAGUAAUAAUAGCAGCCCGCGCGCUCUUAGCAAUAUGACAUUGGGCGAAACGUUGUUUUUUCUAUUUUCUAGGUUGAUUUUAUCGUCAUAGGUAAAAUGAAGCAAUACACACAUAAAUAUAGAUGGGAACAGUGAAGAGCAAUCAAUGAAAUAGAGAAUGAACAGAUGAAGAUAUGAAAAAAAACACAUCACACACAGGGAGAGACUACGAUAUGAAUUUGAAAAUGUCAAAAACCACUUUUGUACUUUGGUUUGGCCCAAGUAUUUGAUUGAGUGCGUUUUUUUCUGUAUCUCGCCUCUUUCAUUGUCUACUCUCUCUGGUGAAAUCAGAAUGAAUGUUAUGAAUGACGAAAUUGUCAAUCUAAAAAUAAAAAAAACGAUGUUUCUUUUGUGCUUUUGAAAACAAAAAAAAAAUAGAGAGAGAGAGAAUUAUACAAUAUAAUAAUAAUAAUACACAAAAAAUCGUCGCUAAAAAGUGAUACACGUAAAUAUUGUGAUCGAAUUGCAAUAGUACAGACAACGUCGAAUCGUUGCAUUUUCCAACCGGAUUAGGAUUUCUAUUAUCGUUAUUUACUUUCAUCUUUGGACAUUUUGGAUUGAAAGCAAACAUUUAAAAUACAAACUUAAUGCCAAGGCGACCUUCUUCUUCCUCAUUUGGACAUUCACAACAACCGAGCAAACAUUUAUCCCGUAGAGAUUCGUUAGGCCAUCACACAGAUCAUUCAAAUCCAAUUUAUACAACAAAACAGUACAAUCGACACACUUUACAUAUAACUUACCUAUAACGCCAGUGACAGAGUCCACGUUUCGAAUGAAAUAAAUUAAAUUAAAAAAAAGCUCCAACACCACCAUCACUACUACUACCACCACCAAGACAAACAAUCAAAAAUCCCAUGACAUCAAAGCGUGAUUUCUUGUGAGGUGAAUUGGAAGAGUGAGCCCAUUCAAAACAAAACCACACAUAACAUACAAUGGCCGAUAAAAAAUCCUAUCGAAACAUUGCAUUUAAAAAACGAACUAAACGACAGCAAUUGAUCACUCCAACAGCCUCACUGCAAUCACUAUUCUCCGGUUCGAAUGCGUCAAUCAAUGCUUCAGCAGGUACGACAGCAUCGACGGCCAGUGACGCCACAACCAAUACCAACACCACCACCACCACACCACCACCAACAACCCACCGAAGUUUCAAUCCAAUCUCAAGCUUUAGCGCGCAUCGAUCAUCGAAAAAGGGAAAAAUGGGAAAAAAAGUCGAUAAAGAAAAACCGCCCCGUGAACGAUGGCUUCUGACACGUAAAACAUGGAAAUACAUGACCGAUGCUGGACGCAAACUAAUACCCGAUUAUAUUCGUGGAAAUUCAAAUGAUCCACAAGAUUUGAAAAAAAUCGAAGAAUAUUUUCAACAUGUGUGCACUAAUGAGCCAACAUUUUUGCCCAUUUUCCGGCGCAAACAAUCAUUUCCGGGCGCACUAGGUGUGUCACCGUUUCGACGAAGCGGAAAAUUACGACACACCCAUAAAUGGUUUGGACGUAGUACAAAUCGUUUGGCACCAAUUUCCGAUAAUAAGUCCAGUGGUUCAUCAAAUAUUUCAUCACCACCCACCAAAUUCAAUUCGGCCGAUGAAUCGGAAGAUGAAGGUAUUUCAGCAAAUGAAAAUCAACGAAUGUUUCUGAUCAUUGAAAUGCUGGAAAAAUAUCUGAAACUAUCGAGUGAUGCUGAACCAUUGAAUGAAACGGAUGUUUUAAAUUUGGCAAAAGAAAGUAGCUCGUCGCCAAAUGAAUAUGAUUCAAGUGCUUUUAAUUCACCUGAUAAUAUGUCACCACCAGCAUAUGGAAAAUCUGGUUCAAUCGAUGCCGGUAUUGAAUUCCAAAAAUUUCGCAGCAGUAUCAUGAGCAGCAGUGGUAUCAUUGGCGGUGAAGAUAGCGCUAAAAAGUAUUCAUUUGGAUCAAUUGAAGGUAACAACACAUCAACAAAAUUAUCGCAUCAAACGACAUUUGGCAGUUCUGAUCCAUCAUCGUAUUCAUCAUCACGGCUGAAUCGACGUCCGAUCGGUAGUCAACAUACAUCCCUGCUAUUGGAAAACUUACGAAAUUAUGGUCGAUCGAAUCGAAGUUCAUUGUUGAGUACAAUGCAUUUUACGCCGGCCGUUUUGGAGGAUAAACAAUUGCUACGGCGCAUACGUGAUGAAUUAAAACAACAGCAAUUAGAUAUAAUAUUAAAACGUCAUAGUCGACGACCGAUGGGAUCUGAUUCAUCAGCACCACUACGUUUGUCCACAUCAUUAUUUAUGUUGCCAACUCUAAAAUCCGUUCCAUCUCGAAAUAGUCAAGAUCAAAAGGAUGGCAUAACCUAUACACUGACUGGUAUUCCAUUGGCAUCCGAUGAAUUGGCCGAAAGUGAUGAAGUCGCAGCAUUAUGUGCACGUGUUCCAUUAAUCUCAAUAAAAUACGCAUCACAAGAAAAACCAUCACACUGGAAUACAGAAGAAACACAAACCGAUCCAAUCCCAGUGAAUAAUAUCUAUCAACAGUAUCACGAAUAUUUAAAACGGCAAGAACAGGAAAAAAUCGAAAAGGAACACUCGCAAAAAAAUAAGAAUAUUCUCAGUAAAUCGAUGAGUUCCGGUGCAUGUAAAUCCGGUCUCGGUGAUUCAACCACAAAACAUUCCAAACGCAAAAGUAGUAUUGAUAAUGAGGAUGUAUCACAAUCAGUUAGCGAUACAAUCAAACGUUAUUUACGCAUGGCACGCAAAAAACCAAGCAGCGAAAGUACAGCAAAUCAAUUUAAACGAAUCAAUUAUGAUACAAAUUUACGAAAUAUUACAUCGAAAGGUGAAAUAGAGAAACCAGAUGAACUUGACAUUGGAAACACCAAACACACGCAAACAAAUGACAAUUGGACCGAACUUGUAAUUGAAGAGAUCAAAGCCCAUAUGUCAGCCGAUGAAUAUAAACAAUUAUUAUCGUUAAGUGAUUGCCCCGAAAAUUAUCACCAUAAUGCAUCAGCGUCUAGUGGCGAACGAAAGCUAACGUCAUCAUCAACGCCAACAUCACCAACCGGAUUCUUUCACACAAGCAGCUGGACCAAGGAUUCGAUAUUUGGCCAUAAAAAAGAAGACUCAAGCAUUGCUAAUAUGCAAAAAUCAAAAUCAUCAUCAAACGUUGGACAGGUGUUCUCAAAGAAAAUAUGGAAAUCGCGAUCGAAAAGUCAAACACGACCUGAUUCACCAGCUCAGCCACAUUGGACGCCACAAGGAAAUUGCAUUUGGAAAUCGUCUACCGGAAAAUAUUUACACUUGAAAAAGGCGUAUUUGCACGAAUUAAGCGAUGUUGAACGAAAAAGUUUACAGCGAAUUGCAUUGGAUCGAAUUAAUCAAUUGAACAUUGGUGUACCAGUUAAAUUACCAUCAGAAACCACAACAACAGACGGUUUACAGCCAAAAAGUCAGAAGCGUCGAGCGCCACUUCUAUUGAAACGUAAAGCAUUAACCACCAGUUUCUUUGAUUCGAGCAAAAUAAAAAGUGAUGGACGAAAAGGAAGUACAAGCAAUGCAAGCGGUGGCUUAAUCUUCGGCCAACCGUUGGAAAAGUGUUUAAGCAAUGAUAAUGCGUUUGCUGCAUCAACGACGACAACCAAACAAAAGGGAAGCGAUGACAGUGGUGGCCAUAAAUUUAGCCGAAAGUCACGUUGCUCAAUCACAUCAUUAGAUGCUGCAUUGCCGGGUAGCGCGAUAUCCAGUGAUGGAAAUUAUAGCGGAUCAUGUGACAGUUUAUUUUCGAAGCACGAUUCUCGAUUUACGGCGUCAAACAGUGGCGAUAGUUUAAGUGAUGUUGGUGGCAGCGGUGGCGGGUUGGGCAACAGUCUUGAAGAUGACGAUGCCAGUUCGAAAUUUUCAAAUGGCAGCGCACGACAAACACAGCCUCAAGUUCCACCAUUAAUUUUAGCUUGUAUCGAUCACCUCACUAAUUAUGGUUUACACGUAGUUGGCAUAUUUCGAGUUAGCACAUCAAAACGGCGUAUUAGAGAGUUACGCGAAGAAUUGGACUGUGGUUCAUUGAAAACAUUCGAUUCGGAAACGAGUCCGCACGAUGUGGCCUCCUUGCUGAAGGAAUACUUAAGAGAUUUACCCGAACCAUUGCUCUGUCGAUCACUUUAUCCAGCGUUUUUAUCAACACAAAAAAUUCGAAAUCGCCGUCUACAAUUGGAAGCACUUUCACAUUUAAUUCAAUUAUUACCAAUAGCUCAUCGUGAUACAUUGUACGUAUUAUUAAAAUUUCUUGCACUUGUUGCCCGUUGCUCGGACGAUGUCAUGAAUUUGGCAACAAAUACAUGUAUAUCGGUUGGAAAUAAAAUGGACAGUGCAAAUUUGGCCACAGUCAUUGCACCAAACAUAUUGCAUUCAAAUACGGAUGCAAGCAGUGCGGUCGCUACCGAUGAACAGGCCGAAGAGCGUUUAGAUGUGAUUAACGUUGUACGAACAAUGAUCGAUCAUUACGAAGAAUUAUUUGCAAUACCACCAGAUGUGAUGGACGACGUGUACACCGUCAUAUGGGACACACAUCCAGAACAAUUGGACUAUAUAUUCGAUCGAAAGGACAGCUAUGAAGUUAACAACAGUCGAAAAGAUGAAUCGACAACGUCUAGUCCUAAGAAAUCUCCUGGUGCAAAAGUACACGCGCAUUUCUUUCCACAACACAGUCAAGAGCGAUUCGAUCCAUACGAAGACGUAUCUGCUACACCUGGCACGAGCGCACAAACAGAGGACGGUGAACAACCACGACGAAUGUAUGUUCGCGAACAAUUCACACAUGAAAAUACCGUACGUGGAAAUGUGGCCGAACCCAGUGAUAACAUCAGACGGCGAGAACGUGGUUCACGAACAAAAAGUCUGAUUCCGGAUCAGGAGAGUGUGUUUUCGCGACGAAGGCGACGAGUGCCAUCAUCUUCAAACACAAUAACACCAUUAACAGACGAUGGAAUUCGGUAUAAUUUGAAUUUAUCACCGCCAACAACGCCAACGAGUAAAUCCAAUAAUUCAAAUAAUGAAGUAUUAUUAGCGAGUUUAAAGCUGCCCGUUCAAAUGGUCAACACAUCUGCAAUUCAUGCGGAUAUAAUAUCGACUGCUGCCACACCAUUAAGCCUUACAUCCGAUCUAUCGGAUAUUCCGUACAUCGAAGAUGCCGAAACAAAUAAUGGCUAUCGAAGCACAACAACAAUAACACCGCCACAGCAAUCGCCCACAUCGAAAACACUUAGUUCGAUAGCAAAAAAGAGCGGGUUUCCGUUAACAAAGCUUAAAUCACAAUUUAAACCAGCUCAGCUUACACUGACCACCGUGCCAAUCGAUCAGGGAACAAAAGAUGUCGAUAAACUUAUUUCGGCAGCCCAAAAACAAACCGGAAAUAAUACAAUUGAACCCCACACACAUAGUAUUCCAGUAAUGACAGCGAUUACAAAUAUUGGCGGUGAUAUGAUGCGUUCAAAAACGGCUGAAUUCGAACGAAUGAUGACUAAUCAGCAGCAACAACAAAAUAAAUCAAUUUCAAAAAGUCAUUCGCAAACAAUGCAACAGUCACACGGUAGUUCUGGCGCACGUACAACCGAUACAAAAUGUGUGCCAUUAAAAACGUCUGAUUCAUCACCGAAUGUACGUAAUGGACCAAUUUAUAAGCGACGCGACGUUAUCUCGAGCGCUUUGAAUUUAAAAAAAUGAAAUGACAUGGCCUACCAUAUCAUAAUUGACGUCAUGAACAUUUUAUUUUUUUACAUAUACAACAUAAAAUAUCACAGCACCCGAAUCACAGAGCACAUCAAUCAACGAAAACAACAUACAACAACAUAAAUCACAAUUUUAAACAUUCGCAAUCAUCUUUGAAGUGGAGUUUAUAUUUUCAAAAUCAAAUCGCACCUCCUUUACGUUUUUUUUGAUAGGUUUUAGAUAGUUUUAUAUUAUUAUGAAUCAUUUUUUUUUCCAAUGAUAUUUAUUGUUGCAAAAUGGAAGUGAAUGAGAGAAAAAGAAAUAUGAAGGUAUGAUUGAGAGUAGGUUUCCCUCUCUAAUUAGUUAUUUUGAAAUUGUUCGAAGUGUGACGAAUGCAAACACAAUUGUUUCACAAUGCCCGAGUGUCUGUGCUGUUAAAAUGCAUUACAUUGCUGUAAUUGUUUAUUAUUUAUUUAUUUUUUACUAUUUUCGUCUCUCAUAUCUCUUCAUCAAUCUUUUUAUCUUUUUUUACCUAUCGAGAGAAAAAAAAAAAUGUUACGAUGCUACCUACGAUGAAUCUAAUUUAUACAUUUCUAGUUGACUUUUAAUGUGUUUUCAUUUUCUAAACAAUCAAUUCGAAUUAUCACCGAUAUGUU